AUGGCUCGCCAAAGAAUGGCGUGCUGGCGGCAUCAGUUGACCAUUGUUUGCGGAUUAUUGCUGUUCCGGUGCGAGCCACUGCAGGCUUAUGCUAAUCAACAUCCACCAUUAUCGUCGUUGCCGUCAUCGCCGGCGGCGGCUCAUCAGCAUCAUGACAAAGAUGGCGACGGUACCGCCACCGGAAACGGCGCCGAAGUCGUUGCCUUCGAAUCCAGCGAUAUCUUCCGCUGCUGCUCCGACCUCCAGGGAUCCUGCAAGGUGGCCUGCGAGAGCUUGUCACUAGCACGCAUCGCGGCCGAUCCAAGCUCUCGGGAGGCCAAACUCGUGGACGUGCGCAUGUACUGUCCCCGGCAACAGAUCCCGUUCUGGCAGUGCAUGAACGCAACAAUGGCGGCCGUUCAAAGAGGUGCAAGUUGGCCAGGCCGUGUCUGUUGCUCACAGGCAAUGUCCAUCAGGUGUCAGCACGCAUGCGCCACGGGGUCAUCACGGGACGAUCUGCGAAUAGGUUGUAGAGCCAGUGACGAGCAGCAACUCUUCGGUUGUCUUAAGCGCCAGGAGGACGGCCAUCGGUGUUGCAGCAGCGCCAGAACCCCCGAAUGUCUAAAAGCGUGUGGUGAGGUGUUCCAACGCUACCAGACCCCUUCAAGGACACUCCGCGAACAGGUACUGACAGCGUGUCACUCCAACAACAGCAACGUGCUGCAGUGCAUUCGAGGAUUCAUCGAUGUCACCUUCAACCGGAACCUGAAGCGAUAUGUGCCGUGCUGUGACAGUUCCCCUGAACCCCGGUGUAGGCGUGUGUGUCAUGAAACACUCACAGCAGGUGGCUCGGAUACGGACCCAUACACGGUGGAAGAGAUGAUAGACCUACUGCAACACCGUGGUGGCUGUGGUGCCCUUAUGCCAACGCAACCCCUUUGGAAGUGCUUCCUGGAGACCGAAGGACCUCGAACAGGUGGCCAGCAGAUGGCUUCCGAGGAGGUUUCACGCAUCAACCAGAUCGGUAUGGACUCGGCCAAACAACACUGCUGUCUGAAGGCUUCCUCUACGCGCUGUCGGCGACUCUGCUCCACGACCUACGCGAACGAGUGGACGACGAAUUUGGUGGGCUUCGAGCAGGAGUGCCUGACUGCACCGGACGAGCACGCCCUCCGGCAGUGCAUUGACGAAGUCGACGAACCGUGUGAGCUGGGUUGCGACGGGCUGUCGUUUUGUGGCAACUUCAACAACCGUCCGACGGAGUUGUUCCGCAGUUGCCGCCAGCAUUCGGACAUGGCUGCUCGGGGUGAUGUCCACCAAUGGCGCCAGCAGGGUUACGUACCAUUCCCGGGCGGGGUUCAGCUACCGAUCCGCAACCAGACCGAGUGUUCGUUUGAGGUCUGGAAGUCGAUCGCCUGCACGCUGCAGAUCAAACCCUGUACCAAGGGCUCUCACACGAACCACAUCUGCCGGCAGGACUGUCUCGAGGUCCUUCGGAAUUGCGUCGAUUGGCAACGGACCACCGGUGAGCUUUCGGUGUCCGUUCUCUGCCACCAGCUUGCACCUCAGAACAGUUCGAUGCCCUGCAUUUCGUUGGGUCGAUUUCAGCCAUCCAGUUCGGUGGAAUCCGACGUCGCGCUGGUAUCCCCGUGCAAAGGCAAUCCCUGCAAUGCGACACAGAUUUGUCUGGCCAACCGGGACGGUACGUACGGUUACCGAUGCGUCAAUGGAUGUCCACUAGGAGAAGCCUCGUCCUAUCUCGUGCCCGUCGGUGCAUUCGUGCGCAUCCCUGUGUCAAUGACGCAGAAGGGUUGCCUAAAGGUGUGCCGUUGUGGCGAAUCCGGUCGAAUCGAGAAGUGUCAGCCAUUGCCCUGCAUUAGCUACGACUCGUGCACGCUGGCUGGAAAGCGGUUCCCGCACUUAUCACACUUUUACGUCGAGUGUAACGUGUGCAGCUGCUUUGCCGAGGAGAUCACCUGCACCAAGCGACAAUGCCAUGUGCCGGGUCUUACCGUGGACCAAUCCUUCACGAGUCUGCCGUGUAAUUGUCCACCGCAUUAUGUGCCUGUGUGUGGGCGCAAUGGCAACACUUACCCGUCGGCAUGUGUGGCCAGGUGUGCCGGUGUUCAAGAGGGUGACAUCGAAUUCGGAGCCUGUCGAGCACGGAACGCCUGUGAACGCGUGGAUUGUGGACCUCUAGCCGUUUGCUUGCCCGAUUGGAACGUUUGCCUGUCGGGAAUGCACAAACCCUGUCCACAGCAUCGUUGCGUGAACCUAACGGCGACCAACUGCUCCACCAUUACGGAUAUCCGCGACACGAACUUGGGCUACCACGCGAACCUGUGUGGGAUGGUGUUCGAACAGGCCACGUUCGCGUACCAGGAGAAGUAUCGCAAGUCCUGCGACACAUCGCGUCGCCGUAGCCAGGUUUGCGGCGUAAAUGGCGUCACCUAUCGGAGCGAGUGUGAAGCUUGGAGUGACUACUCGACGGUCGAUUACAACGGGCCCUGCCAGGAGGUGGGACUAAUCAGUGCCUCAAUGGAUGCGCGAUGUUCCUCGAUCAAGUGUCCUCGACGGAAGGUGACCAAUUGCUCGCCAGUCCUGCCACCUGGUGCCUGUUGCCCGAUAUGUGCCACAGCCCUACGCAUCGUAUACUCUCGCAAACAGAUCGAUCGAGGUCUGUACGCGCUAAAGGGCCAAUCGGCGACGUACCUGACGCUGAAAUCCAUCCUGCAAUCCCUCGAAGCACUGCUGCAGACGGUCGAGUGUCGCCUGUCGGGACAACUGACGUUCGAGAACGACCUGUACGUGAUAGUGGAACCGCUGAGCCGCAGUCCAUCCCAGUUGCAGUCGCAGAUCUGUGCCAGAGAAGCCGAACGAUUGGUCACCCUAGUCAGGACACAAAGCCAUCGGAUCACGAGUGAGCUGAACCUGAGUGCGCUGACAGUGGCCACACUUGUGACGGUUUCAAACGCCGCCAGAAACUGCGGUUUGUACAGUAGUAGCGUAAUAGUAGCGACGGUGGCACUAGGAUAUUUGGUUGGGAGCCAUUUACGGGCGUGGUAGUGAAUUCGCGCGUGCCAAACUAGGAUGUAGUAGGGCGGCCACUCGUUACUGAGUGCGCACCUAUGGAAGGACUGUGAUAGAUCGUGUCUAGUUGGAAGGACUAGGAAACGUUACUCGUAUCGUUAAUCGUUUGCCAAAGCCCACAAGUCCGUGGCAGAGGAAGCUGCAGCAAUAUUCGUCUAGUCUAAGCGUAGAACAAUUCCAUGGGUGUGUAUAAUAGCUUCAGCUUCAGCCGAUGCUGCCCAUGUUUCAGUGUUGCCA